AUGAACCAUGCAUAUGGCUCUGCCGGAUGGCUACCUUUAUAUAUAACAGAAACAAAUUCAAUAUAUGAAUCGAUCACCGUUUCAUCAGACCUUCCUAAUGCAACAAUUUUAGGUCCAAAUUCGAAUUUUACAGAAAUACGCCUAAAUGGGCAUCCAGCUAAGCAAUUUGAUGUUUCUUCAUGCACAAACUACGAUUUUCUAGGCUGGGUAGUAGGAAUAAUUAAUACAGUUACUGUAAGUAGACUGAUUUUUUACUCAUUAGAAAAUUUAGAUACUCAGAAGCUUUCUUUCCUCAGUAACUUUGAUAAUUAUGUUCCAAAAACAAUAUAUCCGUUUAUAUUUCUACCAGAUAUAAAUUCAGAUAUGAUUUUAACAAAUGGAUAUUGUAUUUUAUCUACAAAGUUCCUUUCAACGUAUUCUGACUUCAAUUCUUUUAUUCCCAUACCAACAACAUACCAUUUAGUUGCAGCAAUUUGCUACGCUCUUACUUUUAAUGAGUAUGGACGAAAUAUUUACUUUAAGCCAUCAUUAACAUGGUUCUAUGUUGGAAUGAUGAGCUUUGCAGCAUCAAAUAAUAUGAUUUAUAUACUCGGAAGUAACGAAAUUGAUGCUUAUAACUAUACAUUGCUAAGAUAUCUUUAUAGAGCAGGUAAAAUAGAGAAAGACUAUAAUGAAUUCAAAGCAUUUGAAUGGAAUAUACAAAGUAAGCAUCGAAUUCAAGCUUUGUUCAUUGUAAAUGUCAUAUUUACUUUUAUUGAUGAAAGUAAAUACGAUUCGUUCAUUAGAAGUAUACCAGAAUAUAUAAAUUAUGAGAUACUUAUUAAUUAUUUGGCCCAAGUCAUUGAAAAUCCAGCUGAUUUCAUUGAUUUCUGGUUAUCUCCGAGAAUAUUACCAGUUAUAAGAGUCAAUUUCGACUACGAAAUUAACAAAAAGUUUAAAUCCCUCGGAAAUGCUAAUGUUAUGACAUUUUUGCUCACAAAAAGUGACUCAAUUCCAAUAUAUGCAUCUUGUACUAUUAAUUUCUUUUGCCAAACUGUUGGAUACAUCGAAGAUGUCAUAUUGAAUCUGAAUGGCGAAACAAAAACCUCAAUAUCCUUCCAUAAAAAGAGAAUUAGAAAAGUUUCGUCAAGUUCCCAACCAACACCAGUAGAUUCCAUAUUGUUUGCAUUAAUAGAAUCGAAUCCAAGGAUACCUGUUAUAUUUCUUCAUGAUUUUAACCCAACUUUCCUGGUUAAUAUUGUUAAAUCAUAUAAGUCCUCAGUUUUCUCACAACAUGAGGCUUUAAUGUCGCUAAACAGAUUUCUUCUAAAUUGCGGAGAAGAAGGAACUGAAGUUUUGGAUUAUUUCAAAGAAAUUCUUGAUGACAGUUCAGUUUUUUAUUCUUUGAAAUGCCAUGUUUUGAAGAUCUUGGCUGAUAUUUGCUUCCAAGAGAAUUUUAGCCGACUUCAGGAAGUUUCGAGGAAAAUUUUUGUUGAUUUCUUUCUCAACAAGAUCGCAGCGCCUGAUUCGCUUAGCUUACAAGAUGUUGAUAGCAUCCAUCCGUCAGUUGUCAUAUCUGUUUUUGAUGGUUUGGUCAGAUUUGGUCAAGUUAACGGCAGAUUUACUUCCUACGACUAUCUGAUGAAUAGUGUAUUACAAUCUAGUGGAACUAUGCUAGAACCAUACUUUAUUCAACAGCUAGAAAACGUUCACUUAUUAAAUAAAAAAGAAUCCAAGGAAUUAUCCUCUUUUUUAUUAGAAAUAAUAAAAGGAACGGAAGACCCAAUGCUUCAAAUCAUCGCUAUCAACUCUUGUCGUAGGUUUUGUGAUAAAACAAAGCCAGAUAUCAAAGAAGAGCUAGUGAAUACGUUUCUUGGCAUUAUUGAUAACAGAAGUCUCCAUUCAUCUGUCAGACAGGCCAUUGCAAGACUAAUUGUCUCAAUGCAGCCAGAACUUUCUGCAAUUGCAAUGUUAACUGUAAUAAAUGGAGAAUUUGAAAGUGAAAACCCAGACUAUUUGUUAAUAGAAAAUGUCCUCUCUUAUUUGAUCUACGCAAUUCCUUCUUGGGGAGAUUUUGUGAAAAGAGCAACGAGAGAGCAUUCAAAUAUGAGUGACAUAUUUGAAUACAUCCGUAUAAUAAUGGGAUUUUCAAUGAAUGCAUAUACAUCCAUAGCUUCUAAGUGCGAAAAAUUAUAUAAUAUUCUUUUUGAAAAGAAAUGGAAGAUCACAUACAUCCCUGAUGGAUUGAUCAAGUCAACAAAGAUUGACUAUGCCAAUGAUUUUGAUGAAGGAUUCUUUUCCGAUGAUAAUCUUGAUUGA